UUAUAAUAUAAUAUGUUUAAUAGCCAACCCAGUAGAAUAUCAAGUCAAUAGCUAAAGUACUCCAACUGAAGAUACACUAACAGGAGUAAAACUUUACUACACUAAACAAGAAUUUAAAUCUACACCUUCAAGAUUCUUGAUUCACUCUACUCGCACAAUCAUUCUUCAUCAUUUUUACAUCUUCCCCACGAUUAUCCAAUCAAUACGCUCUGUUUUGCUUUCAAGAGAGAGAAACCUAGGAAGAGAGAUACAUACGAUUAGAAAUAAGGCUAAUCAUUGCCAGAAUAGAGACUAAGAAUGAGCCUCGCCUGCCUUGUGUGCCAUGGUGUAGAAAGCCCGUCACAUUCAUUCAGAAGUUACUCUGUGUCUAGCUCAGACAAUGAUGGGAGGUGUUCAGCAAUGGCCAACUGUUUGAUCAAGAAGCUUUCUGUUCCUCCACCCAGGGGGAACGCAGUCAUGUCAUCAUCUAAAGUGACUCCACAGCCAGAUGUGCCGAACCACAAUGUAGAUAUUUCUGGUACUCCACGACUAAUCAGAAGCCGUGCUGUGAGAAGGGAUCAAGUUAGAGACUGGAACUUUGAUGAGAUUGAGCUAGAACUAGAACAUUAGUUUAGCUAGUUCGACCCAAGAUAUCAAUGUCUUUGUUAAAUUAGGCUACUUCUUUUGGUAAUGUCUAGAUAUAGUAGGGAAUAGAUCCUGUGCCUCUCAUCUCCUUUUCUUUCUUCCCUGUCUCAUCUCUCCCACUAUCAACAUUUUUUCCCACUAAAUUCUCGAUGUAAUUGAAUUUCAAGAGUAUUGUUCUACUCUUUCUUUUCAGGAUGGCUGGCUUGUGUCAUUGUGAUCCAUUUUCCACAAAGUUUUGUGCAUAUUAGUCAGUACUUGUACUCUAUUGUUUUUGCUGUUCAUUUGACUGUGGUAUCAAAUAGUGGAAAUGGUAGUCAAAAUUUAGUUUA